AUGUCAAAUAAAACAUUGGCAAUAUUGUUUGAUUUGGAAUCACAAGAAAGUGGUGGCUCUCCUUCAUUUAUGUCACCAACCCUCUCCAAGAAUCCACAACCAAUCUCCGGCGAUAACAACGGCGGUGAUGUUGGUCGGAUUCCGGUAGAUGAGUGGCUGCCGAUCACAGAAUCAAGAAAAGGUAAUGUCUAUACGGCGACGUUUCAUCUUCUCUGUUCCGGUAUUGGUUUACAAGUGAUCCUUCUUCCUGCAGCUUUCGCAGCACUCGGAUGGGUAUGGGGAAUGAUAAUUUUAACGGUAGGGUUUGUAUGGAAGAUCUACUCUAUGUGGCUUCUUAUUCAUCUCCACGAAGCCGUACACGGAACACGUUUCAGUAGAUACUUGAGACUCGCUAUUGCUUCAUUUGGUUUGAGGCUUGGAAAGCUUCUUGGAGUGUUCCCUAUAAUGUAUCUCUCAGGAGGAGCUUCUUCACUUUUGGUUAUAACUGGAGGAAAAGCAAUACAACAACUUCUACAUAUUAUGUCUGAAGAUGACACUGUGCCACUUACUGCCGUGGAAUGCUUUGUGAUCUUUAGCUGCUUCGCGGUGGUUAUGUCUCAGUUUCCUAAUCUAAAUUCUCUCUUUGGAGUCUCGUUGAUUGGUAGUGUUAUGGCUGUGGCAUAUUGCACCAUGAUAUGGAUUUUACCUGUCACUAGUGAUCUACAAAGGAAUAGUGAUUCUUACGCCACGAGGGAUACAAGUUUCGAUAAUAUUUUCAAUGCCAUUGGAUGGAUAGCUCUUGCAUUUCGUGGGAAUAACCUCGUCCUCGAGAUACAGGGUACUCUUCCUUCUAAUUCAAAGAACCCUUCGAGUAAGACAAUGUGGAGAGCUAUAGUGAUUUCUCAUGUGUUCAUCGCGAUUUGUAUGUUUCCAUUGUCCAUUGUUGUAUAUUGGGCUUACGGAGACAAGAUUCCAGCAACGGGAGGUCCUAUGGGCUCCUACUUGAAACUCUAUGAGCAAGACUACUCGAAACGAGCCGCUUGUUUCAUACACCUUACGUUCAUCUUCAAUUGCUUAUGCUCAUAUCCAAUAAACUUAAUGCCGGCUUGUGACAACAUAGAGAUGGUCUACACAACCAGGAGACAAAAGCCUUGCUCCUUCUUCGUCCGGAUGAUGUUGCGUUUGUUCUUGGGAUUAGUUUGUUUCUUUGUAGCCGUUACAUUCCCGUUCUUGCCUUACCUAGCGGUUCUUAUUGGGGCAAUAGCGUUGCCUGUUACGUUUUCGUACCCGUGUUUCAUGUGGAUCUCUAUCAAAAAGCCCCAAAGGAAAAGCCCGAUGUGGUAUCUCAACGUUUUGGUGGGUUGCUUAGGCGCUUCUCUUAGCGUCUUGCUUGUGGUUGCCUCGGCUUUGCGUUUGGAUGAGCAGGGUUUACAUGCAAACUUCUACAAACCCUAA